AAUCUAUUGGAACUCCAUUUACCAACAUAACAACAACAUAAGUGAUAACAUUAACAAUCACAAUAAAAACAAUAACCUUUUUAUUUUAUUUUUCUACCUUUUUCUACUUUUUAAGUAACCCUUUAACUUUCUCAUUCUCUUCUUUCUCUUUGAAGAUUUUUCUCUGUGUUUGUGUGGAUCAUCACCACCAAUCUCUUCUCUUCUCCUUGAAGCAACUCACUUUGAUAGCUUGUUAGCUUUGAAGACAAUCCAUGGUCCCACAAAGCUAGUUUCUUUCUCUCUCUUCACUCACUCUCUGCAGUGAAGUUUUCAUCUUCAAAAACCGUAACUUUAACUCAUAAUAAUAUCUCUCACAUUCACACCUUCAACCCCUUCAAAGUUUUCAAAGGUUUUUGGGUGAUGAAUGAAAUUCUCCUUCUCAUAGAGUGAAGGUGUUAAGAGGAGAAAAAAUGGUUGGUACUCCAAUGAAUGGAAGAAGACUCUCUUAUGGAUUUGGAAAUGGUGGACAUGAACUUGGUCCAAGUAGUACUCCACCAAGCAAUGCUGGUUCUGAUUAUGGAAGCUUUGUGGAUUUCACAAGAGAUGAUGUUGAGGCUCUUCUUAAUGAGAAAUCCAAAAGGAAAGACAGAUUUAAUUACAAGGAAAGAUGUGAAAAUAUGAUUGAUUAUAUAAAAAGGCUUAAGGUUUGUAUUAGAUGGUUCCAAGACCUUGAGUUGAGCUACUCAUUAGAGCAAGAGAAGUUAAAGAGUUCAUUGGAAUUGUCUCAACAAAAAUGCAUGGAAAUAGAGUUGCUGCUAAAAAUCAAGGAAGAAGAACUGAAUUCAAUUAUAACAGAAAUGAGAAGGAAUUGCACUUCUUUGCAAGAGAAAUUAGUGAAGGAAGAAACUGAUAAAUCGGCUGCGAUGGAAUCUCUUGUUAAAGAAAGAGAAGCUAGGCUUGACUUUGAAAGGUCGCAAACUACGUUAUCAGAAGAUCUUGGUAGAGCUCAACGAGAGCUUCAAACCGCAAAUCAGAAGAUAACAUCGCUCAAUGACAUGUAUAAGCGACUACAAGAGUAUAUAACAAGCUUGCAGCAAUACAAUGGAAAACUUCAUUCUGAGCUUUCUUCGGUUGAAGGUGAUCUCAAGCGUGUAGAGAAAGAGAAAGCGACCGUAGUGGAAAAUCUUACUAUGUUGAAAGGCCAGCUUACUUUGUCUAUGGCUUCUCAAGAAGAAGCUACAAAACAGAAGGACGCUUUUGUGAGUGAAGUUACGUCCCUUCGAAGCGAGCUGCAACAAGUGAGGGACGAUCGGGAUCGACAAAUAUCUCAAGUGCAAACUUUAAGUACUGAGAUAGUCAAGUUUAAGGAUUCUUCCGAAAAGUCCGGUUCCGAAUUGAACAACUUGACCAUGAAAACAAAGGAAUUGGAGACAAAAUGUACUUUUCAAGAUAAUCAUAUAAUGGAAUUACAAGAGAAGUUAACGUUUGCAGAGAACAAACUCGAGGUUUGUGAUAUAUCUGCUAUUGAGACAAGAACAGAAUUCGAAGGGCAACAAAAACUCGUAAAUGAGUUACAAAGACGAUUGGCAGAUGCAGAAUACAAACUUAUAGAAGGGGAGAAGCUGAGGAAAGAAUUACAUAAUACCAUUUUGGAACUGAAAGGAAACAUCCGUGUGUUCUGUAGAGUGCGGCCUUUGUUACCCGAGGAAGGUUGUAACACAGAAGGAAAGAUUAUAUCAUAUCCUACCUCCAUGGAAGCUUCCGGACGAGGCGUUGAACUGGCACAAAAUGGACAAAAACAUUCUUUCACAUUUGAUAGAGUUUUCGCCCCUGAUGCAUCGCAACAAGAAGUAUUUACCGAAAUUUCUCAGCUUGUGCAAAGUGCUCUUGAUGGUUAUAAGGUUUGCAUUUUCGCGUAUGGUCAGACAGGUUCGGGAAAAACCUAUACAAUGAUGGGCAGGCCUGGACACCCCGGCGAAAAGGGCUUGAUACCUCGUUCGCUCGAACAAAUAUUUCAAACUAAACAGUCUCAACAACCACAAGGAUGGAAAUAUGAAAUGCAGGUGUCAAUGUUGGAAAUAUACAAUGAAACGAUUCGCGAUUUGUUGUCUACAACAAAUAAGUCUGCGUCAGAUGCAACCCGAGUAGAAAACGGUACUCCCGGGAAGCAAUACACAAUCAAACACGAUGCCAGUGGAAAUACACAUGUUUCUGAUCUUACAGUGGUUGAUGUUCAGAGUGUAAAAGAGGUCGCGUUUCUUUUAAACCAAGCCGCAAACAGCAGAUCUGUGGGAAAAACUCAGAUGAAUGAACAAUCUUCAAGAAGUCAUUUCGUAUUCACUCUUCGAAUAUACGGUGUAAACGAGAGCACUGACCAACAAGUACAAGGUAUUCUCAACCUCAUUGAUCUCGCUGGGAGUGAACGUCUUUCAAGGAGUGGCUCAACCGGGGACCGAUUAAAAGAAACUCAAGCAAUAAAUAAAAGUUUGUCAUCAUUAAGUGAUGUUAUAUUUGCCUUGGCCAAGAAGGAGGAUCACAUUCCAUUCAGAAACUCAAAGCUUACAUACCUACUUCAGCCUUGUCUAGGUGGAGACUCAAAGACACUAAUGUUUGUAAACAUCUCUCCUGACCAAGCUUCAUCCGGAGAGUCGCUAUGCUCACUCCGGUUCGCAUCAAGAGUAAACGCGUGUGAAAUUGGCACACCUCGUCGCACCACCACCAACGGCCGCCCAGCAGAAUCGCGCCUGAGCUAUUUCUAAUCUUAUAAGACAGAUGAAAUCAUGAAUAUAUUGGUUUAACCUAUUUGAAUAACUUAAUUCUAAAUUCCUAACAUCAUACAUAUAGCUUUUGUAUAGUGAAGAAGUUACUAAGUACUUUGCAUUUAGUUAAA